AUGGAUAAAAAUCGAGGGACUGUUUUCUUGAAAUUGUUAGAGGAGACUAAAGUGAGUGUAAGUCAUAAUAACAUGGUGUUUUCAGUGUUUGCUGUGUUCUGUGCGCUCCCCCUGCUGGUUGGAAGUACUCCUAUUUCUCAGGAUCUGUUUCUGACAGACUGCUCUGAUGUUUACGCUAACGGACAGACACUCAGUGGCGUGUACACCAUCUACCCUACGGGGAAAACACCUGUCCAGGUGUACUGUGAUAUGGGUUGUGCAGAAAGCCUAACAGAAGAUGGGAAUUGGACGGUGUUUCAGCGGAGGAUGGAUGGCAGUGUGAAUUUCUACAGACCAUGGGAACACUACAAGAAAGGGUUUGGGAACAAGUAUGGAGAAUAUUGGCUAGGAUUAGAAAAUCUCUACCAACUCACACGCAAGAGGAAAUACGAGCUGAAAGUGGACCUGCAGGACUUUGAUGGAGUGACAGUUUAUGCCCAGUAUUCUUCUUUCUCGAUAGAAUCUGAAACUGAUGGAUAUAAACUCCAUAUUAGUAAUUUCAUCAAUGGAGGUGCAGGGGAUUCUCUGGCAACAAACAAUGGACAGAAAUUCACCACCUUUGAUAAAGACCAGGAUUCACAUGCAAGUGGAAACUGUGCUAAAUCCUACCUUGGGGGAUUUUGGUACAGUCAGUGCCACCAUGCUAACCCUAAUGGAAUAUACCUGUGGGGACGUGACGGCACCUAUUAUGCCAUUGGAAAUGUGUGGCAACAUUGGAAAGGCUAUGAUUAUGGUCUCAAGUACAUCGCUAUGAAGAUCAGACCCGUGUCUGUUGCACAGUCAUGA